GGUGAAGAAGGCCAAGGAGAAGGAAUAGGCCAUGAUUUUUGAAGAAGAAUGGUUUCCUUGGAAAGGGAUCUCAAUUUUGCCAGUUGAAAGGCUUGCUCUGUGUCUUGGUUUGUUCUCAUCAAUUAUGACACCUUUUGGAAGCUUCUUUGCAAGUGGUUUUAAAAAAGCUUUCAAAGUCAAGGAUUUUGGUGACAGCAUCCCUGGGCAUGGUGGAUUGUCAAGUAAAGUUAUCUUUUUUAAAAUGGCACUUUUGUCUACUCUUUCUGUUUCUUAUGCCUGUAAUGUAACUGCAUAUGCUAAUUUUGGAAGACCUCAAAUGGAGAUAUGUUGCACCAUCUCUGGACUGGUCCAAUUUCUAAUGAAUCUGUUGAUGUUGUUCAAAGUGUUGUCUGCGGAGAUGUGAACAAUUGUUAUUACAAAGGUUGAUGGAGUCAAUCAAGGCAGGGCUUCAACAAUUGAGCCUUGAUCAAUAACAUAUCCCUGGGCAUAAUAUUUUUGUUUUUAGCACACUUCGGUGCUGAGCUUGUGAACUAUGAUAUUUUCUUAACCUCAUUCUAG